GAAGUCGGCGUGACGUGUCAGCGUUCGGCGCCGAGGCAUUGUGGGAAAAGGUAGCGGAGCUGGGCGACGGUGACGGCCGACGGGGCACGAAAGGCGCCGCUGAAAUUGCGCGGAGACCCUCGGUGGCGAGUAGACGUUGCGAGCCGGCGAACGUGCGGGAAUGUGGCGGUGUGACGAGGCGGAGGAGGCCGGCGGGGUGUGACGCGGAGGAGGAGGAGGAGGACGGGGCGGAGGAGAACGAGACGCCGGUGUCGCCGCUGCGUCUUUACGCACACGGGCGGUUAGAAAGGGAAUAUUGUUUUGUGUGUGUGGCUGGACGCCGGCCGGCCGGCCGCCGAUGACCGCGGCGUCCCUCCGGCCCUCUUCCGGGAAGGCGAGCACGUCGGUCGGGUCGCGGGACUGCACCUUCUAGCCUUUUCGGCGCGCUCCCCCCCCCCCGUCUCCCGUCCCCCCCCCCCCCCCCCGUCCGAAGCGGUGUUCCGGGCUCCGGUGGAAAAUGUCGCCCAGCAGCCCCGAGGCGGUGAAGAAACUGCUGGAGAACAUGCAGACGGAUCUGCGCUCCCUGUCCAUGGAGUGCAAGAAGAAGUUCCCUCCGGUUAAAGAGGCUGCCGAGUCGGGCAUUGUCAAAAUCAAGACCAUUGCUGCAAGGAACACAGACAUACUGGCAGCUCUGAAGGAGAACAGUUCGGAGGUGGUGCAGCCCUUCCUGAUGGGCUGUGGCACCAAGGAGCCCAAAAUCACCCAGCUGUGUUUGGCCGCCAUCCAGAGGCUCAUGUCCCAUGAGGUGGUGUCUGAGGUGGCAGCAGGGAACAUCAUCAACAUGCUCUGGCAGCUGAUGGAGAACGGCCUGGAGGAACUCAAACUCCUACAGACGGUUCUGGUUCUGCUCACCACCAACACCGUGGUACAUGACGAGGUUCUGUCCAAGGCGAUCGUGCUGUGCUUCCGUCUGCACUUCACCAAGGACAACAUCACCAACAACACGGCGGCUGCCACCGUCAGGCAGGUGGUCACCGUAGUCUUUGAGAGGAUGGUGGCCGAAGAUGAGCGCUUCAAAGGAAUUGUGGAGCAGCCUCCCCCUGUUCAGGGCAACACCAACCGGAGGUCCGUCAGCACUCUGAGACCGAGCGCCAAGGAUGCCUACAUGCUUUUCCAGGACCUUUGCCAGCUCGUGAAUGCCGACGCCCCCUACUGGUUGGUGGGGAUGACAGAGAUGACGAGGACUUUUGGACUGGAGCUGCUUGAGUCGGUCCUCAAUGACUUCCCUGGAGUCUUCCUACAGCACCAGGAGUUCAGCUUCCUGCUGAAGGAGCGUGUGUGUCCUCUUGUCAUCAAGCUCUUCUCCCCCAACAUCAAGUUCCGUCAGGGCAGCAGCAGCGCGGCAUCGCCGGCACCGGUGGAGAAGCCCUACUUUCCCAUCUGCAUGAGGCUGCUGCGCGUGGUCUCCGUCCUGAUCAAGCACUUCUACAGCCUGCUGGUGACGGAAUGUGAGAUCUUCCUGUCUCUACUGGUGAAGUUCCUGGAUGGCGAGAAGCCCCAGUGGCUGAGGGCGGUGGCCGUGGAGUCGGUCCACAGGCUGUGUGUGCAGCCGCACCUGUUAAGGUCCUUCUGCCAGUCAUAUGACAUGAAGCAGCACUCCACCAAGGUCUUCAGAGACAUCGUCAAUGCCUUGGGCUCCUUCAUCCAGUCCCUCUUCAUCGUACCCAACGCAGGAAACCCUGCAGCCGCCAGCAUACCUCCCGGUGGUUCAGGCUCGGGUGUCCAGGGGGCGGUCCAAGGUGGUCCUGGGGCAGGAGGUGUUGGUGGGGGUCUGACCACCCAGGCUGCCUUUGAGUAUCGGGGUACCUGGAUCCCCCUCAUGACUGUCAGUGUACAGGGCAGCGCCAAGGCCACCUACCUGGAGAUGCUUGACAAAGUGGAGCCUCCAUCCAUCCCAGAGGGCUACGCCAUGUCGGUGGCCUUCAGCGCCCUACUGGACCUGGUCCGCGGCAUCACCUCCAUGAUUGAGAGGGAGCUCACCAAGGAGGAGGAGCAGGCCGCCGAAUACAGGGAGUCCCACCCCGACCAGGAGUGGCAGCCCCAACCUGGAGCUCACCUGGUUUGGGAGGAGAUGGUGAGUGCCUGCUGGUGUGGUCUGCUGGCAGCACUGUCUCUGCUGCUGGACGCCAGCACCGACGAGACCGCCACGGAGAACAUCCUGAAGGCAGAGUUGACCAUGGCGUCGCUGUGCGGCCGUCUGGGUCUGGUGACGCCGCGCGACGCAUUCAUCACGGCCAUCUGCAAGGCCUCUCUGCCCCCCCACUACGCCCUGACGGUGCUCAGCAGCAACGCGGCCAAUCUCUCCAGCAAAGCCUACUCCAUCCAGGGCCAGAGCGUGCAGAUCAUCAGCCCCUCCAGCGAGUCCCAUCAGCAGGUGGUGGCGGUGGGUCAGCCUCUCUCUGCCCAGCCCCAGGGCACCGUGGUGCUGACCGCCAAGAACAUCCAGUGCAUGCGGACGCUGCUGAACCUGGCCCACUGCCACGGCGCCGUGCUGGGAACCUCCUGGCAGCUGGUGCUGGCCACGCUGCAGCACUUGGUGUGGAUCCUGGGGCUGAAGCCGGGUGCGGGUGGUGCUCUGAAGCCUGGCCGGGCAGUAGAGGGACCCAGUACGGUUCUGACCACAGCUGUAAUGACGGACCUGCCUGUCAUUUCAAACAUCCUGUCCCGACUGUUCGAGAGCUCACAGUAUCUGGACGACGUCUCCCUGCACCACCUGAUCAACGCCCUCUGCUCCCUCUCCCUGGAGGCCAUGGAGAUGGCCUACGGAAAUAACAAGGAGCCGUCUCUGUUUGCUGUGGCCAAGCUGCUGGAGACGGGCCUGGUCAACAUGGACCGCAUAGAGAUCCUCUGGAGACCCCUGACCGGCCACCUGCUGGAGGUCUGUCAGCACCCUAACUCCAGGAUGAGGGAGUGGGGGGCCGAAGCCCUGACGGCACUCAUCAAAGCGGGCCUGGCCUACAAACACGACCCCCCGCUGGCCCAGAACCAGCGACUGCAGCUGCUGCUGCUGAAUCCUCUGAAGGAGUUGUCCAACGUGCUGCACGCCGACAUCCGGCAGAAGCAGCUGGAGAGCGUCCUGCAGAUCCUCCAGAGCCAGGGGGACGGCCUCGGCCCCGGCUGGCCCCUGGUCCUGGGCGUAAUAGGGGCCAUCCGCAAUGACCAGGGUGAGUCACUUAUCAGAACCGCCUUCCAGUGCCUGCAGUUGGUGGUGACGGACUUCCUCCCCACAAUGCCUUGCGCGUGCCUCCAGAUCGUAGUGGAUGUAGCUGGCAGCUUCGGCUUGCAGAACCAGGAGCUCAACAUCAGCCUCACCUCCAUCGGCCUUCUGUGGAACAUCUCGGACUACUUCUUCCAAAGGGGGGAGGCCAUCACGCGGGAGCUGGAGCGGGAGGAGGCCGCCCUGCAGAAGCAGGCGCAGGAGAGGGGAGAGACCCUCAACAGACCCUUUCACCCGGCUCCGCCCUUCGACUGCCUCUGGCUGUGUCUCUACUCCAAGCUGGGGGAGCUGUGCGUGGACCCACGGCCCGCUGUGCGGAAAAGCGCCGGGCAGACCAUGUUCUCCACCAUCGCGGCUCACGGCACGCUGCUGCAGCAGCCCACCUGGCACAUCGUGGUCUGGAAGGUGUUGUUCCACUUGCUGGACUGUGUGAGGAGGUCCUCCACCACCGCCGACAAAGAGAAGAUCGAGUCCGGGGGCGGGAACAUCCUCAUCCACCACUCACGCGACACGGCCGAGAAGCAGUGGGCAGAGACUUGGGUGCUGACGCUGGCCGGGGUGGCGCGAAUCUUCAACACGAGGAGAUACCUGCUGCAGCAGCUUGGUGACUUCUUCAAGGCGUGGGAGGUUCUGCUGGACCACGUCCAGUCAGCUGCCCUCAGCAAAAACAACGAAGUUUCCUUGGCCGCGCUUAAAAGCUUUCAGGAGAUCCUUCAAAUCGUCACGCCCAUCAAAGACUCGGACAGACCGGGCGACGCCCUCGCCGCAAUGGGCGUUCCCGCGGUCCUCAUCGACCCGCUCACCGCUGCCGGUCCCGGAAGACCACUGGUUCGCUCCGAUUCACUGGUGGAGCGUCUGACGCGCUACAACGGCGCGGAGCUGCAAGCCCCGCCCCCAGGGGAGGAGUCGGCCCUGGAGGACUCCGUGCUGUGGUGGUCAGCGUGGAACACGUGGUACCGAACAGGAACGGAAAGCACCCGACCACCCAGCAGCGGCACGGAGAAGCUCUCCUUCAUCCCAAGCCAGCCCUUCCUCACGGCCCUGAUCCAGAUCUUCCCGGCUCUCUACCAGCAUAUCAAGUCUGGCUUCAGCAUGGAGGACCUGAAGAAGCUGGGGGUCAUCCUCCACGGCGCUGUGUCGGUGCCCAUCAGCAGUGACGCCUCGCCCUUCAUCCUGCCCUCCUACACCGAGGCCGUGCUCACCAGCCUGCAGGAGGCCGUUCUCACCGCCCUGGACGUCCUGCAGAAGGCCAUCUGUGUGGGCCCCGAGAACCUGCAGGUCAUGUACCCGGCCAUCUUCGAGCAGCUGCUCCUCUUCGUGGAGUUCUCCUGCAAGCCGCCGCAGUACGGCAAGGUGGAGACCAAACACGUGGCCAACGCCAAAUACAACCAGAUCCAACUGUUUGCACCGGCUGAAUGGGUUGCCUUAAACUACGUCCCCUUCGCUGAGCGCUCCCUGGAUGUGGUGGUGGAUCUGUACCAUAAGACGGCAUGUCACAAAGCCGUCAUCAACGAGAAGGUCCUGCAGAACAUCAUCAAGACUCUGAGGAUGCCCUUGGGUUUGAAGUACGCCUGUCCGUCAGAGAGCACCUGGAGGCUGGCCGUCUCCUCGCUGCUCAAGGUGCUCUCCAUUGGGCUUCCUGUGGCACGCCAGCAUGCCUCCUCCGGGAAGUUUGACACCAUGUGGCCGGAGCUGGCCAACGCCUUCGAAGACUUCCUGUUUACCAAAAGCACACCCCCGGACAACUUGUCCAUCCAAGAGUUCCAGAAGAAUGAAGCCAUUGACGUUGAGGUGGUUCAGCUGAUCAGCUCAGAGAUUUUACCGUUUGCCAACUUCAUCCCCAAAGAGUUUGUUGGUCAGAUUAUGGCCAUGCUGAAUAAGGGAUCCAUUCACUCCCAGUCCUCUUCCUUCACAGAGGCGGAGAUCGACAUGCGGAUGCGGGAGGAGUUCUCCAAGGUUUGCUUCGAGACGUUGCUGCAGUUCUCCUUCAGUAACAAGGUGUCAACGCCGCAGGAGGGCUACAUCUCCCGCAUGGCGCUCUCCGUGCUCCUCAAGCGCUCCCAGGAUGUUCUGCAGCGCUUUGUGGAGGACGAAAGGCUGAGCGGCCGAUGCCCCCUGCCCAGGCAACAGGUGACAGAGAUCAUCUUUGUCCUGAAAGCAAUCAGCACUUUGAUGGACUCACUGAAAAAGACCCAGCCUGAAAACGUGGAUGGGAACACGUGGGCCCAGGUGAUCGCCCUCUAUCCCACGCUGGUGGAGUGCAUCACCUGCUCCUCCUUGGAGGUGAGCUCGGCGCUGAAGGAGGCGCUGGGCCCCUUUAAAGACUUUAUGCAGCCUCCCGUCUCCCGAGUCCACAACGGAGAGUCCUGACCACACUAACUCUCUAUUUUAUAAAAAAGAAAACAUAAAAAAAGCAUUAUUAUUCUUUUUUUUUUUUACUAUGAAGAAGUCAUGAAUGUGUCUUGACCCAUACACUUUACAUACUCCACGAGGGGACGGACGUUAGAAACUCCAUUUGAAGCCUCAUCUGAUGGACAGACCUCGGUAACGGAGGUGUGGGACGCUGUCCUACACACAGACACACACACACACACACACACACACCUCCAUCCCCCUCCCAUUCUCCUUCCAACCGACUGAGUUUGUGUGUUAACAGAGUAAAAGGAGAAGCGGCAGCGGGUAUUUGCGGUGUCUUCUUCGGGGGUUUGGGUGGUUGUGAUGAGGGCGGCAGGUGUACAUAGUGUUGACAACAUAAGUUAAAGAAGAAUGCUAACGAUAACACUCUGGCUUUCAUCAGUCUUAAAAAUUAAAGAAUGAAAGGGGAAAGACUUGUGCGACAUUUUCAACAGUGACGAUUUUAUGCAAGAAGAGGAAGUGUAACCGGAACAUUCCAUGUCAUCUGUGGCCAGCCGCCUGAGAAGGGAUGUACUUGUCUGUAAAAAAGAAAAUGAAUAAACGGGACAGUUC